AGGCAAAACCCGGAGGCCCCGGCGGGCGGCCUAUCAGAAGCGACGGUCCCAGCGGAGCGGGCGGAAGAGAAGAGAUGUAGUUCCGGACGCGGCCGCGCCGCCAUCUGUCACCUCAGCUCCGGCACCAGCAGCCCGUCGCCCCAGGACCGCCGCCUAUUUUCUCGGCGGAGGCUGCUUCCCGGUCCUGCCACCUGUCUGCCUUGUUCUCGUCGCUGGCUUCUUUUCCAACAUGGAUCUGGUCGGAGUGGCAGCGCCUGAGCCCGGGCCCGCAGCACCCUGGGGACCCAGCAAGUGUCCAUGGGCUACCACUCAAAAUACAAUAUCUUGUUCCUUGGCUGACGUAAUGAGUGAACAGCUGGCUAAAGAAUUGCAGUUAGAAGAAGAAGCUGCCGCUUUUCCUGAAGUGGCUGUCACUGAAGGACCAUUUAUUACUGGAGAAAACAUUGACACUUCCAGCGACCUAAUGCUGGCUCAGAUGCUACAGAUGGAAUUUGACAGAGAAUAUGAUGCACAGCUUAGGCGUGAAGAAAAAAAAUUCAAUGGAGAUAGCAAAGUUUCCAUUUCCUUUGAAAAUUAUCGAAAAUUGCAUCCUUAUGAAGACAGUGAUAGCUCUGAGGAUGAGGUUGACUGGCAAGACACUCGUGAUGAUCCCUACAUACCAGCAAAACCAGUUCCUACUCCCAAAAAGGGUUUUAUUGGAAAAGGAAAAGACAUCACCACCAAACAUGAUGAAGUAGUAUGUGGGAGAAAGAAUACAGCCAGAAUGGAAAAUUUUGCACCUGAGUUUCAGGUAGGAGAUGGAAUUGGAAUGGAUUUAAAACUAUCAAACCAUGUUUUCAAUGCUUUAAAACAACAUGCCUACUCAGAAGAACGUCGAAGUGCCCGCCUCCAUGAGAAAAAAGAGCAUUCUACUGCAGAAAAAGCAGUUGAUCCUAAGACACGUUUACUUAUGUAUAAAAUGAUCAACUCUGGAAUGCUGGAGACAAUCACUGGCUGUAUUAGUACAGGAAAGGAAUCUGUUGUCUUUCAUGCAUAUGGCGGGAGCAUGGAGGAUGAAAAGGAAGAUAGUAAAGUUAUACCUACAGAAUGUGCCAUCAAGGUAUUUAAAACAACCCUUAAUGAGUUUAAGAAUCGUGACAAAUAUAUUAAAGAUGAUUUCAGGUUUAAAGAUCGCUUCAGUAAACUAAAUCCACGUAAGAUCAUCCGCAUGUGGGCAGAAAAAGAAAUGCACAAUCUCACAAGAAUGCAGAGAGCUGGAAUUCCUUGUCCAACAGUUGUACUACUCAAGAAACACAUUUUAGUUAUGUCUUUUAUUGGCCAUGAUCAAGUUCCAGCCCCUAAAUUAAAAGAAGUAAAGCUUAGUAGUGAAGAAAUGAAAGAAGCCUACUACCAAACUGUUCAUUUGAUGCAGCAGUUAUAUAAUGAAUGUACACUUGUCCAUGCUGACCUCAGUGAGUAUAACAUGCUGUGGCAUGCCGGGAAGGUCUGGUUGAUUGACGUCAGUCAGUCUGUAGAACCAACCCAUCCUCAUGGCCUGGAGUUCUUGUUCCGUGACUGUAGGAAUGUCUCACAGUUUUUCCAGAAAGGAGGAGUAAAAGAAGCCCUUGGUGAACGAGAACUCUUUAAUGCUGUUUCAGGCUUAAACAUUUCAGCAGAUAAUGAGGCUGAUUUCUUAGCUGAGAUAGAAGCUUUGGAGAAAAUGAAUGAAGAUCAUGUUCAGAAGAAUGGAAGGAAAGCUGCUUCAUUUUUGAAAGAUGAUGGAGGUCCGCCAGGCCUAUAUGAUGAAUAGCACCAACACCCACUGCUUUCGUUGUUAACACAAGGUGGUGAUUGUCAGCUGCCAAUGGCAAAUGAAGUUAUGGGUGGCUUGAAAUACCAAAACAUAAGGAGUGUAAAAUGGUGCUUCUGUGCUUUUUUUCCCCCUUGUAACCCAUAUAUAUGCCAGAUGUGUGGAAUUUGUAGCUCAGCAUUGGGAGAAUAAAAUGUCACUACCUCUCAUCUUAUGAACAGGAUAAUAUAAUUCUUUAACAGCUAUAGGUUAUCUAGCUGAAAUCAACCUGAUUUUACAGGAUUCGUGGUAUAAAACGUUUUGAUGAGAAUUUUUAAAGCUUAGGUAACAUUUCCAAACAUGGGAGGAAAGGACAGGUGUGUUUACAAGGAAGGCUUUUAUUACAAUAUACUUGCUUUUUUUCACCUCCCUGUUUUGUGUUACAUCUUUCCUCAAAUAUUUUAUUGGCCUAAAAUUAGCCCUUUUUAGUUUUUUUUCAGAUUGUGACCAUGAUUCUAAAGGAAAAUCUCUUCUCUUUAGUAGGUGACAUAAAUGGAAAUUUGGUUUUAAAAUGACUGAUAAAAAUAGAAGGUUAUUGGUACAUCAUGAAUAUGAACUGAAUUUUGCUUUUCCAUACUCAUAUCCAAGACAGGGCAUCACAGAUCUCUGAAAGAGAAAAAUGUAUAAGAACUUCUUAACUAUUCAAAGCCUUUAAAUUUAACUUUCAGUUUUUCUACAUUUAGAUGAAGUGGUUAGGCCACUGUGGUGGAACCUAAGGGCAGAGGAGAGAACUCAUGGUGCAGCUGCUUUGCAUUUAUAAUGAAAAUGUAAAUUAUCUGGAAGGGUAGAAUAUAAUAAUUAACCAUGUUUGACAUAUUUUAAUGAAGUCGGUGAAACAAAGUUCAGUUUACAUUUCAUUCAAACUAUAUACAUAAUUGAUUUUGAGAGAAAUAGAGCAAGCUAAUUAGAAAUAUUAAAUAAUCACAUCAUGAAAAGUAUAUAUAAAACAACCUGGGUACCAAAUUAACCAAGUAAUUUGAACUACUGGCCUCCUUCCAUAAUUAGUACUGGCUGGAUGUCAGUUCUUAAAUAAAGCAAGCACUAUAGUGGAAAAGUACAUUGGCUUUAUUAGGGUUGAAGUUCAUUAACGAUAAUGUAAUCAUUCCUCCUUACUGGAAAGUAACAAUCUAAAUAUCAUUUACACUUGAAAGCUUCUUUAACAUUAUUUUAAAAUGCCAAAUACGUUCUUUCUAGAAAAAUAUUUAUUUUUGUUUCUGUUACAACAAUAGCUUUUAACUGCAUUUCAGAGAAAUGUGAUUUUGGAUAGCUACUCGUUACAUUUCUGAAAUGUUUACUACUCUGAAACAAGGAUUUAGAUGACUGGUGAUUAUUGGCUUUACAGAAAUUUCAGAGAACUAAUUUUAAAAACCAUGAGCCAUUUAAAAAUUGUUUUGUUUUCUGACAUACUCUGUUUGACAAAGCAGCAAACCAUUGCUGUGUGGCAUUUUUGGAGUGUGCUGUGAACAUGCUUUUUAAAAUAUUAAAUAUGAAGAGAGCA